CCUGAGACUGUGUUUCCAUCCCUGAGCCGGAACAAUGAGCGGCUAGGAGCCUGGAAAGCAGCGUGUGAAAGCUUCAGGCCCAUAAGGCUCAGCUCUGCCGUCCUCCCCCCCCCCCAUCCCCAACAUCCCACAGUGUUGCACCACGACCAUGUCCUUUCCCCACUGCGCCCAACCCAUGGAGAGUGUACGCCCACCCAGAUAGGAUGCCUGCCUCGCUCGACGCCCUGCAACCCCUCCUGCCCGUCACCACCUCCUCCUUCUCCUUGCGUGUACCUGCUUUUGCCAACAAUUCCUUGCGGCCCCCCAGGCUCCGCCCUGCCCCGCUGCAACAUGGUGGAUGAGGUAACCACCAUGAAGGAUGACGUCAUCAACGCCAACACGCUUGCUUGGCUGGUCUGCUCCGGCGUGUCCAUCCUGGCCAACACUUGGAGCAUCCUCAGCGUCAGCGCCAAGCAGAAAAAGUGGAAGCCGCUGGAGUUCCUCAUCUGCACCUUGGCGGGAACGCACAUCCUCAACAUGGCCAUCCCCAUCACCAUGUACUGUGUCAUAACUCUGCGCCGUCAGCACUCCAACUAUGAGUGGAAUGAGGGUCUGUGCAAGGUGUUUGUCUCCACCUUCUACACCCUCACACUGGUCACCUGCUUCUCCGUCACCUCGCUCUCCUAUCACCGCAUGUGGAUGGUACGCUGGCCUGUAAACUACAGGUUGAGUAACACAAAGAAGCAGGCGGUGCACACAGUGAUGGGUAUCUGGAUGGUCUCCUUCAUACUGUCCACGCUCCCAGCUGUGGGCUGGCACGACACCAUCGACCGCUUCUACACCUCCGACUGCCGAUUCAUCGUGACGGAGAUCGGCCUGGGCUUCGGCGUGUGCUUUCUGCUGCUGAUCGGCGGCAGUGUGGCCAUGGGCGUGAUCUGCAUCGGCAUCGCACUUUUCCAGACCUUCUCGAUUCAGGCGGGCCACAAUGCCGACAAGAACAAGUUCAACGUCCCCACCAUAGUGGUGGAAGACGCUCAAGGGAAGCGCAGAUCGUCCAUCGAUGGAUCGGAGCCUCUCAAGACGUCGCUACAGAUCACUUACCUGAUCAGCGGUAUCGUCUUCAUCUAUGACUUUCUGACUGGCUUCCCCAUACUGGUGGUGAGUUUUGCCAGUCUGAAGUUCGACCGCUCCUACAACUGGAUGGUGCUGUGCGUGCUGUGGUGCUCCAUCGCCCAGUCCAUCCUGCUGCCCAUGUUCCUCUGGGCUUGCGACCGCUACCGGGCCGACAUCCGCAUGGUGUGGGAGAAGUGCGUCGCCAUCAUGUCCAACGACGACGUGGACGAGGAAAACAGCCAAGAUGGAGGAAUUCAUGCCGACUUAAUAUAUGACAGACCAUAUGACUAUAGCUCGGCGCCUGAAAUCGUGACGAUAGACCGUAAUGCCAAGUAUGAGUUCUCAACCUUAGAAAGGGGGGUUCUGCAAGGGUAUCCAUUGAGGGAACAACAGGAAGAUAGAAUGCAGUAUUUGCAGGUGCCCCCUACAAGAAGAUACUCCCACGACGAAACCGACAUGUGGACCAGCGACCGGAUCCCCUCAUACCUGCACCGAUGGGGCUCCACCGAGGACAUGAUAGUGAGUGCCCAUUACAGCUCCACCUUGCCGCGCCACGAGAGGCGCAGGAGCAGCCUGGUCUCCUACCACGAGGAGAGCCACCAUCACCAUCACCCUCACCGCAAGCGGCGACGCUCUGAGGACAGCAUGCACUCCCUCAAGCAUCUGCCGCGCGUGGUUUGCGGCGGGGAGCGCUACGAGGACGAGCUGCGCUGCUUCAGCCGCGACGAGGUGAUCAACUUUAUAGACGAGACGCCGCUGCCGAGCCCCAGGAAGAGCCCGCGGCGCACGUCCACCAUCUCACUUAUCCCCAACGUGUACGAACAGCACACGGUCCUCCUCCCUCACUUCCCGCUCACAGACUUCGAGCGUGAGCCUCAAGCGCUCAGGCGGCUCUCGGAACACAAAAGGAGCAGCAGCAGUCGGGGCAACUCGCCCGAGGGUUCCCCCAAACCAGACAGACCUGGCGGGAAGAAGAGCCCCGGGGCUUGUGGCUCCGGGAAAGGCUGCCGGGAGCGUCCGCGAGAUGGGAAGCAGCAGGGGGAGGCGGGCUCACCUGGGCGCAGCCAGCAGACUUCGGGCCACUCCGGCUGCAGGCCCAGGACAGGCGGUGGGGCCGGGGCUGGAGCUGCACCGAGCUGGGGACACCAGAAGCACCUGAGCAAGGCUGAGAGUAAAGGAAGCACAAACAGUUUUGUAAGCACGCCCUCGGCUUCGUCCUCGGGAUACAUCACCUUUCACUCUGAUUCUGUAGGAUCCGCCACCUGAAGGUUCCUUUAACAUCAACAUUAGUAACUUCUCAUUAAAAAAACGCUGGAAUAUCAGUGGUUACAGAAAAGUGACAUGCUGGAAUAUAUCGGCCUUUUCUUUCUUUCUUUUCUUUUUUUAAACCUGUGCCACUAUUGGGUUUUACUAUCUACCACCAAUAAACAUCCGUCAUGCUAAAUGGCCUUAGGAGCUUUGGACAUCAUUUCUGAAUGAGCCUUAUGUUGAUUUGGUGUGUAGGCUGAUGAAAAGCUUGGGCGGCUCUGUUACUCAGCUUUCAUAUCACAAAAUAUCCACUGAGGACACUUUUAUUCCCCUCCAGCACUGACACAAAGAAACUGUUUUUAAAUGGUACAUUCCUAAACUCUGUUUUUGUUGUUUGAUAUUGUUUCUUAUAAAAUGCUCAAAGAGGCAGUUGUCAGGGUGGUGGUGUUUCUCUUUCUUUUUUUCACUUUAAAAACUUGAACUGUUCUUUAUUUGGCCUGUAACGACUGUGCGUUUUGUUGUAUGGACACAAACUUUCCUGCCCAUGUACCUUGAGCUCGACUCGAGGAUCUGACACAUUUUACAUAUUUAUCUUGUUUUGAUCAUGAUGUACAAUUUUUCUAUUGACAUUAUUAUUAUUCACCGCACACCAGAAGCUUUGUUUUUUUGUUUUUUUUGAGCACCCUAUGUUGGAGUAAAUUGAGAGUGAUGAUCCCAAACUCUUAAACGCCUGAUAGUUUUACAGUUACUGUGUUGAGAUUUUGAGAUAUAACGUGACGACCCCUAAAUCCUUGAUGAAAAUGUGAAGUCAUUUUUAAAAAAAAAAAGAAGAUCGACAUGUCAUGUAUAUAUGAAGGGUAUUGGAUUUACGGUUUUGGUGUUUUCUGUUUCAUGAGACCUUUGCUUCGAACACGUCCUCCUAAGUCUUAUUCCAACGUUUGUUUUCAUUUCAGCUCAACAGUUGCUCGCCACAAUCAAUAUACAUCCAGACCAUCAGACUAAUAUGCAAAUGGUGCUUUAUCCUUAUCGACUGAGCAUCUCAAUCUGACCUCAUGUCUUAUUUGUUUUAGCUAGAAAGCAUCAUUUAUGGGUUGUUUUUUUUUUUAAAGUAAGAGGGAACCCAUAAAGGUUGGUUCAAAACUUUAGCGUCAGGCUGUGAUGUAGAAUUACUGUGUUGGCACAAAUGAGGAACAAUAGGAAUCGAAUAGGCUGCAAAUUCUUAACGUAUUAUAAAUUGGCAGCUUCAGCAAAAGACAAGCACUAUAGAUUUGAUAAUGGCCCGAUUGGUUGUACACCAGCUACACAAGCAGCAGGAGCAAAUUGAGGUUCAGUGUCUUGGGGGGUUAAAUUGAUAUGAUGUUACUUUUUUUAUUUUUACAAACGUCUGAUUAAUUUAAGCCCCAUGAAAUAGUGUAAAUGAAAUGCAAACAUCCCCAGUGGGAGGCUGCAGGACAGUUCAGCUUUAUUUCUAAGAUAGAUCAUGGCGAUGUAACAUUGUGGAAAAGAAUCCUAGGACAAAAAUUGCUUUAACUAACCCAGAUGAUUAAAUGCCCCACAACACAUUCUCACUUUACACCCUUAUUUAAAACAGACUCUGGACUGAGGUUUAGAGAGCAGCUGACUUUACAAAGCCCACAGUUACAUGAAUGAAGGACAUCUCUCUCUUUUUUUUUUUUAACCAGAGUGAUAAUUUCCUGACAGAGAGGAGUGAAAACUCUUCCACUGACAAAAAAACUUAGCAGGUAGCAGACAGUAGCUGCUAAUGUGAAUGUAUUUGCACAAAUUAGGUGCAAGUGUUGGAGGAAAUUAGAGAACAGUCGGAAGUGAAAAUACCCCCUUUGACAGCCUUAUUAAUUGUGAAACAUUUUCUUUUAUUAUUGCCAUCCAAGUAAUAAAGUUGCACGUGUUUUGCUUAUAUGUUUUUCAAUCAUCUGCCGUCAUUUAAAUGUUUCAUUUAACUCUCAUGUAUCAGUGGAACUCUCACUAUUUGCAGCCUAUUCAGGUGGACAAGUUGGCAGAGAUCAGUUUGGAAGCGUAACACCACGUUCCCCCCUGUCAGACUUUUGCUAUGUGUCAUAGAUUGUUUGGGAUUUUGUUGUGUUUACAAUAUUAAAAAUAUAAUUUUGUAACAUAUUCAAAGAUUUAUGAAUCAAAUAUGAAUGAUGUUAAAUGUUAUGAUUUUCCUGUUCAAAUGAUGACUUUGUUAAAAAACAAACAAAAAAAGAUAUGACUGAUUAAAUUCACAAGAUGAUGCUU